UGCCAAGGUGUAUACGUGGCGCUGUGGUAGUGAAUAUGUCUCUCUGAAGUGGCAGAAAAAAGGAAGAACAUAUGUCUUUUGCGUCCUCCUACUAUAGAAUUUGAUAAAAUGAGUUGGAUUAUUUCAUGUUUCUUUUUAAUUUUAUCCAGUGUGUGUGUGAAAGCCUAUUUUAUAACAGUAGAUGCCCACGCAGAAGAAUGUUUUUUCAAUAGAGUAGAACUAGGCACCAAAAUGGGUCUCACAUUUGAAAUAGCAGAAGGUGGAUUUUUAGAUAUAGAUGUAAAGAUAGUUGGUCCUGAUGGUAAAAUAAUCUAUCAGGGAGAACAAGAAAGGAGUGGUAAAUUUACAUUUGCAGCGCAUACUACAGGAGCAUAUACAUAUUGUUUUAGUAAUGAAAAAAGUACAAUGACUCCAAAGGUUGUAAUGUUCAAUAUGGAUGUCGGUGAAAAUCCUAAACAGGAAGAAGGUGCGGGUGGUGGAGGUGCAGACGGAGAGACUAACAAUCAUGUAAAAUUAGAUGAUAUGAUAAAAGAAUUAAGUACCAGUUUGUGGGGUGUAAAAAACGAACAAGAAUAUAUGCAGGUGCGUGACAGAACUCAUAGAGCAAUCAAUGAAAGCACAAAUUUCCGAGUCGUUGUAUGGUCAUUUUUCGAAGCUACGGUAUUGCUCUGUAUGACAAUAGGGCAAAUCUACUACUUGAAAAGAUUCUUUGAAGUUCGAAGAGUCGUUUAAUUUAGAUUAUUUCAUAAUUAAUUCAUUCGCUCAUUGUACAUUUUUCUAUGUAACUAAGUUAUAUAAGAUUACAAAAUAUCAUUCUUUGGAAAA